CCGUUGCGUAACACUAUUUGUUCGAUAAAGUUUUGUCGGUUUCGCCAUGGCUCUUCGUAUAAUAAAGUCGUCGAUUUUGUCCAAGGUUCCAGAAAGCAUAGUCGGUCUCAACUUCACGGUGUUUGGUCGUAAAGAAAUACAUUUAGCGUCUACCUUCAAUAUGCCGAUUAAGAGUGGAGAUAAACUACCAAGUGUGGAUUUGUAUGAAAAUACACCUGCCACUAAAGUCAAUAUUGCAGAGUUGACUGCUGGUAAGAAGGUGAUCAUCUUUGGUGUUCCUGGUGCCUUCACUCCUGGCUGUUCUAAGACUCAUCUGCCAGGCUAUGUUUCUGACUUUGAAAAGUUCAAAUCAAAGGGAGUUGAUGAAAUUGUCUGUGUUUCUGUCAAUGACCCAUUUGUGAUGGCUGCCUGGGGAAAAGAUCAAAAUGCUGAUGGAAAAGUCCGCAUGCUUGCCGACACCAACGGCGCCUUUGCUAAGGCCGCCGAUCUUGAAAAAGAUUUGUCGGGACCUUUGGGAAGUGUCAGAUGUCAACGCUUCUCGAUGUUGGUUGAAGACGGGGUAGUCAAAGCCCUCAACGUUGAACCUGAUGGCACAGGACUGACUUGCUCACUAUCCAAUAGUAUCUUGUCACAAUUGUAAUCAAAAUCGUUCGUACGUAAAAAUGAUUUGGAACAAGUCAAAUACACAUAAAGUUUAGCAAUCGUUGCUUACCUUGCA